UUGAGAUCAGCUGAUUGGAAUGUUGACGGAGCAGGUUUAGCAGCCGGUGGAUGAAACGAAGGUCCCGCAGACCGGUUCUGCGGCUCUGAACGUCCUCAUGAUCUCUGCUGUUUGUUGGCUUUUAUUUUCCUGACCCGCGUGACGUCUUUGUUCUCACCGCCUGACAGCUGAUCCGCGUGACUCGGGAGAGGAGAAGGUGAGGAAGACCUGGAGGAGCACGAGCUGCCGACAUGGACAUCCAGGGCGAGAGAAGGAGACUGCUGGAGGCGGAGAGCGGAGACACGAACCCGUCCGGACUCAUGUCCGAGCAGGACGCGUACCUGAGCAAAGUGAAGAACGGGAAGCUGUUCCUGGCGACGUUUGCCUCCGUUCUGGGUCCCUUGAGCUUCGGCUUCGUGCUGGGAUACAGCUCCCCGGCCAUCCCCGAGCUCACCCGGGACGCCGACCCUCGGCUGAGGCUGGACGACGUCCAGGCGUCCUGGUUCGGGUCCAUAGUGACGGUGGGAGCGGCGGUGGGGGGGCUGUUGGGCGGUUGGAUGGUGGAGAAGAUUGGCAGGAAGCUCAGCCUGAUGUUCUGUUCGCUGCCCUUCGUCUUCGGUUUCACCAUCAUCAUCGCCGCGCAGAACGUGUGGAUGCUGUACAUCGGCAGAGUGCUGACCGGCCUCGCCAGUGGAGUCACGUCGUUGGUGGUCCCGCUGUAUAUUUCGGAGACGGCUCACGAGAAGGUCCGGGGGACGCUGGGCUCCUGCGUGCAGCUCAUGGUGGUGCUCGGCAUCAUGGGAGUUUACCUUGCAGGUCUGUUCAUGGACUGGCGCUGGCUGGCGAUCUGCUGCUCCAUCCCGCCGACGCUGCUGAUGGUCUGCAUGUGCUUCAUGCCGGAGACGCCGCGCUUCCUGCUGUCGCAGGGCAAGAGGCGGGAGGCCGAGGAGGCGCUGCGCUUCCUGCGAGGGCCGGACACCUCCGUGGAGUGGGAGUGCGCUCGGAUCGAGGACGCCUGCGACGAACAGGGCUCCAGCUUCCAGAUGUCGGAUCUGAAGGACGCCGGCGUCUACAAGCCGCUGCUGAUCGGCAUCAUGCUGAUGGUCUUCCAGCAGAUGACGGGCAUCAACGCCAUCAUGUUCUACGCUGAGAACAUCUUCGAACAGGCGCACUUCAAGGAGAGCGACCUGGCCUCAGUCAUCGUGGGUCUGAUUCAGGUGGUCUUUACAGGAGUAGCAGCUCUCGUCAUGGACCGGGCCGGCAGGAAAGUCCUUCUCAUCGUCUCAGGUGUUGCCAUGGCGAUCAGCACCACAACUUUUGGGGUUUACUUCUACUUGAUGUCCAAAGUCCACAACACCACGUUGCACAGCGCUGUGACGCUGGAGCUGCAGACCGGGGUCGGGGAAGAACCCCACGCUGACCUGGCCUGGCUGGCCCUGGCCAGCAUGGCCGUCUUCAUCUCAGGUUUCGCCAUCGGUUGGGGUCCCAUCCCCUGGCUGAUCAUGUCCGAGGUCUUCCCCUCCAAAGUGAGGGGGUUUGCCAGCGCCGUGGUGGUGCUCACCAACUGGAGCAUGGCCUUCAUCGUCACCAAGUUCUUCCAAAACAUGAUGGUCCUUCUGACCAAUGCAGGGACCUUCUGGCUGUUUGCAUCUAUGUGCACCGUUAACGUCAUCUUCACCAUCAUCUUUGUCCCAGAAACCAAAGGCAAGACUCUGGAGCAGAUCGAAGCCGUCUUCAGAGGAACGUCGGGUCCGUGAAGCGUCCAAAUGUCGGAAAACGAGCUGGUAUUCCUGAACCGACUGCUUCUCCGGGGACUAUCUGAUUUAAACACUUUUAUUAUUAAUUUUCUAAUUUUCUGGUGCAGUUCCAGCUGAAGCUAAUAAGUAAUAAUUCCUGCCUUCAUGAACAGGAUUAUGUCCAGAAUUUGUUCAGGAUUAUUUUAAGUGUCAUCAAACUCAAGACAGGCUGAUGUGACUCCAUACUGCCCCCUGCUGGUGUGACAGUUUUCCUCUGAGUUUGACAGAUUUAAUCUGAGAAGCGAACACGACUUUAAUCUGACUCUUUCAGUAGCGUCUGCAGUUUAACUUUAAUGUGCCGAAUCAGCUUCUCCCUGCAGCAUCUCGUGCCACCCUCACCAGGAAGACACCGUCUGGACUUUUCACUUUCAUUUUUUAUUGUUAGCCUCUGAGCAUCACUGCCUACGUGAUAAUUUGGGUAAAUUGAGAUAUCCGUCUAAUUGACUGCAUCAUUAUCCUUAAAAUCUUAUAUGACCUUAAAAUAUGCUGUGAGGCUAACGUUACCUGAAAUGUCAGUAGAGUUGCUGUGUUGUUCAUCAUCAGGUAAAAGAAGCCAAACAGACUCAGUUUUUUAACAUGAUGAUCAGAGGUUCAGGCUGUGAGCUGUAACCUGUAUGGUUGGGAUUAUUUUGUAAUGUUUUUUAAUAAUUUGUGGUGCAUUCUUGUAAUGGUAAUGUUUGAAACUUGCAUUUGACCUCUGAGCUCCUUCUUUUCCUUCUCCUGUGGAAAAAAAGUCUUUUUUCUUUGGUUUUUUUGUGGAUUUGAGGCUGAUGAAACGGACGAUUUAGAGACUGUUUACUGUGAUGCUGAAUCUCAUCAUGAACUGACUAUAUAAAUAAACAAAUGUUUUUUGUAAGCA